UGCAGCAGUAAACAAGUGGCAACAUGCAGUUCAUGAGUUUUGUUUUUCUUUCUUUCUAUUUCCAGUGCUAUAGCAGGCUAGAAUAAAUCUUAAGCUAUACUAACUCUGUCACUAAACAGGCCAUGAGAUUCUUACCUUAUUAAGUCACAUGAAUUUAGACGAGUCAAGUAAAUAAUGAUAUCCGGGAUCUUGGUAUCAACACAUGAAGAAAACUUCUGGAAGACCCAGGAGAAGGCGGAGGCUCAGGUGCCCACAUGAUCAGCACAGCCAGGGUACCUGCCGACAAGCCUGUACGCAUCGCCUUUAGCCUCAAUGACGCCUCAGAUGAUACACCCCCUGAAGACACCAUUCCUUCGGUCUUUCCAGAAUUAGACCAGCAGCUACAGCCCCUGCCACCUUGUCAUGACUCUGCGGAAUCCAUGGAGGUGUUCAAACAGCACUGCCAAAUAGCAGAAGAAUACCAUGAGGUCAAAAAGGAAAUCGCCCUGCUUGAGCAAAGGAAGAAAGAGCUCAUUGCCAAGUUGGAUCAGGCAGAAAAGGAGAAGGUGGAUGCUGCUGAGCUGGUUCGGGAAUUUGAGGCUCUGACAGAGGAGAAUCGGACGUUGAAGUUGGCCCAGUCUCAAUGUGUGGAACAACUGGAGAAACUUAGAAUACAGUAUCAGAAGAGGCAGGGCUCAUCCUAACUGUCGGUUUCUCACUGUGAGCAUACGAGGUGGUUGAUGGCUGCUCGGUGCUGGCCAUAAGAUUUUUAGUUUAAAAGAAUAGUGAGUCAGAUCUAUUGCUUCUCUGUAUUAACCCCAUGGCAACUGUCUAUGAGUUUACUGCUUGCCAGCUUCUAGCUUGAGAGAAGAGGUAUUUCAAAUGAGAUCAUUAACGUGAAACUAUUACUAGUAUAUGUUUUUGGAGAUCAGAAUUCUUUUCCAAAAAUAUGUAUAUUUUUCUUUUUUAGGAAGAUUUGAUCAUGCCAUACAACAGGGUAGAAAAUGAUAAAAACAGGCUAUUGACUGACCCCGCUAAGAAUCAUGGGCUGAGCAGAGUUAAGCCACGCCACAAACCUGUAACAUGUUCACUGUAGUUCCACAUAUGCGUACUUUUAAAUUUCAUGCCUUUAAUAUUUCGAAUAUGCUCAAAUUGAAACUGACAGAAACUUCUCUGCAUGUAUUUAUAUUCCCCAGAGUAUAAUACUCUGAUUUUUAUCCUUCAGUGAUUGAUUGUAUUAAGAAUAAAUGGUCACAUAUCCUAAAAGCUUCUUGGUGACAUUAUUAGCAGAAAUCACAUUUGUAACCACAGCCCAUUUGCCAAUGCUAACUUGCUGUUGUAAUAAUGAACAGAUAAGGCUGCAUUUGCUUCAUGGGACGUGACCCCACGGUAAACAUCUCUGCCUUUGCCUGUGUGUGUUCUGGGGGAAGGGAGGACAUGGAACAAUGUUGUUUGGACAUUACUUGGGUGAGUGCCCAUGAAAACAUCUGUGAACUUAUAACUAUUGUUUUGUUUUGGAUUUAAGGAGAUAUUUUAGAUCAAUAACAGCUAAUAGGAAUAUGUGGGUACAUUCAGAAUAAAAACAGUUUCUCCUUGUUCCACCUAUCACCAUAUUUUCUCAAAUUGAUCUCUUUGUUAUAUGUCCAUUUCUAUUCAUGUAACUUUUUUUUCAUUAAACAUGGAUCAAAACUGA